CUUCACCUCCCCCAUGUUCUCUUGUUGCUGUCCCCCUCCUGGACUGGCUGGCAUGUGUGUGGAAUAAAAAUGUGAGAGGCCUUUUGUCCCGUUGGUUCCACUGGCUGCUCUGCCCUCACACAGGAGAAUAGGGGAGUUCGGGGAGAGCAGGUUUGAGAGACACAUGGCUGCUUAAAGAGGAGUAGAAGAAGAAGAGGAGAGGGGAGACCCCGGUCCCCUCAGUCUGGAGAUGCACUAGUAGGAGGAAUCAGUUACCAUCAGACACCAUUUUUCCUCCCUGACAUGGAUUCAACCCACAGCUCCUGACGUUUGCUGAGCUGAGAGAAGACGCUGGGGGGUUUACUCAGGGGCCAGAGGUCUGCCAAACAUUGAUCGUAGGAUGGAGGAAGCAGGAGAGGACCUAGGUCAGAUGGCCAGCCAGCAGGCUCUCUGUGACGCUGAUCAGAAGACCAGAAAACACCCUGGCAUCUCCACUCUCAAGUGGUUUAUUGUGGCGCUGUCCUUCGCCUCCUUCUCCAAGGCUCUGACAGGAACAUACAUGAAGAGCUCCAUCACUCAGAUCGAGCGACGUUUCGAUCUCUCAAGCACGCACGUUGGACUCAUAGAUGGCAGUUUUGAAAUGGGCAACUUGCUGUUUCUCGCUGUGGUCAGCUAUUUUGGAGCCAAGCUUCAUCGUCCCAAACUAAUCGCUGUGGGCUGUUUCCUCAUGGCUGUAGGGGCCUUUCUCACCGGCCUCACACACUUCUUCAUGGGACGCUACACAUACGACACAGCCAUUCAGGUUUUCCACAAUGACAGUGUCAGAAUUGCUGCCUGUGCCGAUCCACUGACAACAGAGCUACCUGAAAUUCUGAAUUCUGAAGAAGACGACAAAGCCUGUGUGAGAGAGUCCGGUUCCCACAUGUGGAUCUAUGUGUUUCUGGGGAACGCUCUGCGGGGGAUCGGAGAAACCCCGGUUACCCCUCUAGGCAUCUCAUACAUCGACGACUUUGCUAAAGCAGAAAACUCACCCUUCUAUAUAGCUUGUCUCCAGACCAUCACUCUCCUGGGCCCCAUGUUUGGUUUCCUCCUGGGCUCCUACUGUGCCAAACUGUAUGUUGACAUUGGAUAUGUUGAUAUGGAAAGUGUGACCAUCACCCCUAAAGAUGCCCGCUGGGUGGGGGCCUGGUGGUUGGGCUUCAUGGUGUCCUCCGGCCUCCUGCUCAUCUCCAGCAUUCCAUUCUGGUUCCUGCCCCGCACGCUGCCGAAGCAGGAGGGAGAUGAAGGCAAGCUGACUUCCUCACGUGAGACAAUAGAUGUGACAGAGGUUGCGUCCAACAACAUUCCCACCCUCAAGCUGACUGACAUCGCUAAAGGGUUUCUGCCCUCCAUGAAGCGCCUGUUGGGAACUCCUGCCUACUUCCUGCUUCUUUGUGGGAGCAUCCUCAAAUUCAACUCUUUCAUUGGCCUGUUCACCUUCAAGGCGAAAUACAUGGAACAACAGUUUGGACAGUCUGCCUCCAGAGCCAACUUCCUCAUAGGUGUGUUGAACCUGCCGGCGGUGGCUUUAGGGAUCUUCCUGGGAGGGCUGCUGAUGAAGCGGUAUAAACUGAGCCUGGUGUCAGGAGCUCAGCUCUCCUUUGCUACCUCCUUCCUGGCCUACCUCCUCCUGCUGCUGCAGUUUGGCACCAAGUGUGACAACAUCCCCAUGGCUGGGCUCACCAUCUCAUACAAUGGGACGCAGGGUAUAUCUUCUGACAGAAACAUGCUCUUCUCAGAGUGUAACAGAGACUGUUCCUGUUCAGCAGAGGAGUGGGACCCUGUGUGUUCAGACAGCGGCAUCACCUACAUCUCUCCGUGUAUGGCAGGCUGCAUCGGCUCCAGUGGACACGGCAAGAACACAGUCUUUCACAACUGCAGCUGUGUGUCCGCCUCCUUCCCAGCAGGCAGCAGCACGUCGGUGCGGCUGGGUCAGUGUCCUCACGCUAAAGACUGCAGCCGGAGUUUCACGUCCUACAUGGCUGUGUCUGUCCUCAGCUCCUUCAUCAAUUCUCUGGGAGCCACGCCUGGCUACAUGGUCAUCAUACGAUGCAUCUCCCCAGAGCUCAAAUCCCUUGCGCUGGGUAUCCAGACCUUGGUAACUAGGACUCUGGGUGGACUUCCGGCACCUGUGUAUUUCGGGGCCCUGAUUGAUUCCACUUGCCUGAAGUGGUCAGUCAAAAAGUGUGGGGGCAGGGGAGCAUGUCGCCUUUAUGACUCUGAUAUGUACAGGACGAUCUUCCUGGGUCUGAUCACUUGUCUAAGCGGUUCUUCGUACUUCUUCAUCAUUGCCGUCAUCGUCCUCCUCAGACGACAGUUUCGGAAACCAGAGAAACAGAAAACGAAACCUGUCAAGAAAAAGGAUUUAGAACUUCAAGAAGCGUCCAAUGCCGCUGAGGACCAGCCUCCAAAAAAACCUCGUGCUCCCAAAGUCUGGGUGAGAGUCACAACAGAAUUGGAGGAGGGAGGGCAGGGUGACAGAAAGGAGCAGCUGCUUGAUGGCGGACUCAGCUCCAUAAAUAAUACCCAGGAGAGGCAACAGCUCACACCCACGACAGACAUCACUGUUGAGUUCACUCCUCCUUUAAGUGAGGAAGGAGCGAUAGAGAUGCAGGGGCUGAAGGCUGAAGAGGACCUAAGAAAAGAGGUUUGUGUGGAGACUAACACACAAUCCACAGAGGACAAUAAGUUAGAUGACAAAGCAACAAAAAACAAAGAAACUGAUGGACCCCAAAACUGAGGUGUGGUCUCACACAAACUGAAACUGAUCUAGAUAUGUUUCUUGAAUUAGGCUCAAGGUCACAUUUACUUGGAUUUUCAGGUGGAAAUUGAUGUUUCACCUCUUCUUUGCUAACAGUAUUUCUUUCCCCUCGUUUAUCACAGUAUAGAUCUGUUAUAUAACAUUUAUAGCCCCAGAGAGUAAAUGGGCUGCCGCUGAUGCCAUGUUCACAGGUGUAGAAAUAACAGUAUUAGGUAUGAAAAUGGGAAAGCACUGAGUGUCCCCGACAACUCAAAACCUUGGCUUGUAAAUGCACAUGGUCAGCCCUGCAAGGCAUGGACUGAAAAACAUUACAGAGAAAAAAAACUGGCCUAAAUUUUUGUCUUUAUGUUAAUAAAUGUCAAUACAAACAUGCUGUGGAAACAAAUAGAGAAAGUUAUGUUUCUUUUGUCAGAAUUUGUGACUUAAAGGGGCCUAAUUAUGGUUUUUGUGCAUGUAAAUGGUCUCUACAAGUCCCAUCCAGAGGGAGUUUCUCUCCCACACAAUCACCCCCUGCCUGAAGGCACUUACUUUUACCUGUCAAACAACAAAUAUACCUAAAACAUACUUAAAAUAUUAAUAUAUACUCGCUUAAAUAAAGAAAUAUGUACUAAAUAAUGAAAUCAAUAAUAAUGUACUGCACAUUACAACUGAGUGAAUACUUUCUCAAAUUUAAAAGUUAAGGAUACAUUUAUGAAGACAUAUCUGAUCAUAAACUUCAACUUUCCAUUUCCACUGGGUGACUAAUUUCAACUGGUGUUGGUAAAAGUCCACCAGAGAAAGUCACUCCAAAAAUAACUUGAAAUUCUGAUGUAUGAUUUCCAAAUUAAAAGACCAUUGCCGUCUCAUACAUGAGCUAUCUCCCAUCUGUUUUUAGAUAAGAAUAAAGACCAACCCAACUACACAACGACAUUCUGAUAUACGGUUUCAAAACAAGACCUUUGAAAUCUCUUAUAUGAGCUGUCGUCCCUCCAAUGGUCUGUAGAUACACAGAUUUAAAUUAAAAGGAGAACAAUUAUAUUAAAAAAUAUGCUGAAAGGCUCUGUGAAGCGAAGAGGGACUGCAGAUUUAGGUGAAACGUUUUCUAUGAGUCUGUCAGUGCUUGUAACCACAAUCACACAGGUUUCUUUGAGCCAUUGUUUGUAUGAAAACAAUAUUAUAAGCAGUUGAAGCUUAAAUAAAAGUAAGGAUACGUUUCCAAGACACAUGUC